UUUGUUGUUGUUGUUGUUGAUGUCUUGUGUUUUUUCAGCAGAACUGUUUUUUGCCAAGCCAAUGAGGUCCAAACUCUACGUGACUAUGUUGGACCCAUUUCAGCACCGCGAUGGCUAAUUAUUCACUACGGCAAUUUUAGUUCCUGCUCUGGUCAGUGAUAUUUUGUGGGUGGCCUGCAUCCUUGCUGCGCUCGGUUUGUAAUUGCUUUUUCAGGAUUUUAACACCUACUGUCACUGGCAGGCCCAAACAGUACGGUAAUGAUCGGUCGGUCUUAUGUUACACAUUUAUAUAUAUAUAUAUUACGGCAGGACUCCAAGACGAUAGCAUGGUGGUGAGCGUGGUUUUAUUCCAAAUCAGGGUCAUACACAGUGUAGCAGUCAGACAAGGCAGAGGCACAAAAACUAGGCAGGCUCUGAUGACAACGAGGGAAAACUUGGAAACAUGAACUCAGACGUGACUAGACUAUGGCGGCACAGACUCGCUGUGACAAGGAGAGCUCAACACUUGACUUGCAACUUUCGCACAGUAGCGGUGAAUCCAGGAUGCGGUGAAGCAUACUCAACAAACUGCCAAAUGCCAGUGACAAAACUGCAACUUAAAUACUUGGUCGAAUUACAGUGCCGAAUGCAAAACAUCUGUGACGGGUGUCAGAGGAGGCACCACCCAGAGCAGUGGCUCGGCCACGCCCCUCUUGGCAGGCCAGGCCUUGCUCAUGACAAUUUUGAGCAUAUGUGAAGCAGCAAAUUGGUGGUGCGCAUUGUACAUUGGUAGAAGGGUAUUCCUGAUUUAUUUAUUUUUUUAGGUCAACUUUGGGGGCGCGCAUUAUACUUCAGGACGCAUUAUACUCGAGAAAUUACGCGGCUGUUUGAGGAACAUGGCAGUGCAUGUGGCUGGACUUGUGGCCGUUGGGGUUUUUUACUUGGUCAUUCUGCUCACUGGAAUCUUCGCCUCUCGGAAGUCCAAGCAAGUGGAGAAGCAAUGUUCUGGAAAAAAAAGCGAAGUCACCAUCGUCGGAGGCCGCAAUAUCAAUGUAGUGAUUGGUGUGUUUACCAUGACAGCGACAUGGGUUGGUGGAGGUUAUAUUGUGGGGACUGCUGAGGUCGUUUACUCUCCAGCUCAAGGUCUCGUCUGGGCUAUUGGCCCUCUUGCAUAUUUUUUGAAUUUUUUUCUUGCAGGACUGUUUUUAGCCAAGCCAAUGAGGUCCAAACGCUACGUGACUAUGUUGGACCCAUUUCAGCACCGCUAUGGCCAAUUAUUCACGACAGCAAUUUUACUUCCUGCUCUGGUCUGUGAUAUUUUGUGGGUGGCCUGCAUCCUUGCUGCGCUAGGGGGAAUGAUGAGCAUUAUCCUUGAUGUAUCAUCGACGAUCUCCAUCAUAAUCUCUGCAGCUGUCUCUAUCAUCUAUACUUUAUUUGGUGGCCUCUACGCGGUCGCAUACACCGAUAUCAUCCAACUGUCCUUCAUAUUUGUUUGUCUGUGGCUUUGUAUUCCAUUUAUGUUUCUCAGUCCCGCGGUGACUGACGCCCCACAAACAGCUCAUUUCAACCAGUCAAGCUUCCCCUCGUGGAUAGGAGAGGUGAAGCUGGAGGAUGCGGGAAAGUGGACGGACGACUUUUUGGUGAUGGUCAACUUUGGGGGCGCGCAUUAUACUUCAGGACGCAUUAUACUCGAGAAAUUACGCGGCUGUUUGAGGAACAUGGCAGUGCAUGUGGCUGGACUUGUGGCCGUUGGGGUUUUUUACUUGGUCAUUCUGCUCACUGGAAUCUUCGCCUCUCGGAAGUCCAAGCAAGUGGAGAAGCAAUGUUCUGGAAAAAAAAGCGAAGUCACCAUCGUCGGAGGCCGCAAUAUCAAUGUAGUGAUUGGUGUGUUUACCAUGACAGCGACAUGGGUUGGUGGAGGUUAUAUUGUGGGGACUGCUGAGGUCGUUUACUCUCCAGCUCAAGGUCUCGUCUGGGCUAUUGGCCCUCUUGCAUAUUUUUUGAAUUUUUUCCUUGCAGGACUCUUUUUUGCCAAACCAAUGAGGUCCAAACGCUACGUGACAAUGUUGGACCCGUUUCAGCAACGCUACGGCCAAUUAUUCACAACAGCAAUUUUAGUUCCUGCUCUGAUCAGUGAUAUUUUGUGUGCGGCCUGCAUCCUUGCUGCGCUAGGGGGAAUGAUGAGCAUUAUCCUUGAUGUAUCAUCGACGAUCUCCAUCAUAAUCUCUGCAGCUGUCUCUAUCAUCUAUACUUUAUUUGGUGGCCUCUACGCGGUCGCAUACACCGAUAUCAUCCAACUGUCGUUCAUAGUUAUUUGUCUGUGGGUUUGCGUUCCAUUUAUGUUUCUCAGUCCCGCGGUGACUGACGCCCCACAAACAGCUCAUUUCAACCAGUCAAGCUUCCCCUCGUGGAUAGGAGAGGUGAAGCUGGAGGAUGCGGGAAAGUGGACGGACGACUUUUUGGUGUUGUCUGUUGGAGGACUGGCGUUUCAAGCUCUAUUCCAGAGGAUUCUUGCAGCGUCCUCUUCGACUCGGGCUCAGGUCACCUGUUUUGCUGCUGGUGGAUUGACUUUUUUUUUGGGAAUCCCUUCAAUGAUAAUUGGAGCUUUGGCUACUUCUGCAGACUGGAACCAGACAGACUAUGGUCUACCCCCACCUUAUGAGCGCGGGGAGGCAGGGAGUCUCCCACUGGCUUUGUCCUACAUCACACCCUCCUGGAUGUCAGUGUUGGGUAUUGGUGCUGUCGCAGCAGCAGUCAUGUCCUCCAUGGACUCUGUCAUGCUGUCGUCAGCAUCCAUGUUCACACAAAACAUAUACAAGACAAUGUUGAGAAAGCAGGCAUCAGAGAGGGAGCUGCAGUGGGUGAUCAGGAUUAGUGUGCUUCUGGUGGGCCUGGCUGGAACCGGUCUGGCCUUUAACAAGACCAGCAUCGUUGAGCUCUGGCUGCUCACGACCGACUUACUUUAUUGCCUUGUCGCCCCGCAGCUGGUCUGUGUGGUGCACCUCCGCUCCACCAAUUGCUACGGUGCCAUCAGCGGCUACGUGAUUGCUCUGCUGCUGCGUGCGCUGAGCGGCGAACCAGCACUCGGCCUUCCCUCUGUGCUCCUCUACCCGGGAUGGAGGCAGGAGGAUGGCGUCAUCAGACAGUACUUUCCCUUUAAGACUCUGAUUGUGCUCAUUUCUUUUGCAGCUAUCAAUCUCGUGUCGUGGCUGUUCCAGCUCGCUUUCACUCGCCAUCUCAUUCCUCAGUCCUGGGAUGUGAUGAAUUCAUUCAAAAAGAAGAUAGAGGCAGAAGUAGAGGAAGAGAGACCAAUUUCCAAUGAGAACAAGGACUUUGUCUUAAGUACAGCUUUAUAGGCUCAUCGUAUCUGCCAAACCUGAUUUUAGGCAUAAUUAUGGGCGCAUUCCUCCAUACGUUUUCUCAAAAUGGUCCAUGGGCCUUAGGUUGG